CAAUCUCGGGUUCCAUAUUUGUUGUUGUUUCAUGCGAGUUAAAAAGUGUAACUCAAUUCGGUCUGAUUGCGCUGAAAAAUUAGCCGCUUUUUUCGCAUACAGUCGUCGACCCGGCGAGAGAAAUGGCUAGUGCGGGAGGUAGAGCAGCCGGUGCUCAAAGGGUUCUGGCCAAACUGCAGGAGUCGCUGAGCAAUGAGAAAUAUUAUGAGGCGCAUCAGAUGUACAGAACUCUCUACUUUCGCUACUCUAGCCAAAAGCGGUACCCAGAAUUGCUCGAUUUGCUCUACGACGGUGCUACAAAAUUAUUGUUGAAGAAUCAGCAAGGAAGUGGGGCCGACUUGGCAAUUCUUUUUGUCGAUGUCUUGACAACUGCAAAUUCUCCAACAUCCGAGGAAAACUUCCAGAAAAUUUCGCAUUUGUUCCAACUCAUCAACUCCUCCGCACCUGAACGAGACACUUAUCUUGUCAAGGCUUUACGAUGGUCGGGCAUGGACGAGACGAAAAAGGGACACCCGCAGCUACACAAAGCCAUUGCGCAAGUCUUUUGGAAAGAAAAAAAUUACUUCUUGGCUCGCUUCCAUUUUAUGCAUUCUCCUGAUGGUCGUAACUGUGCAAAAAUGUUGGUGGAACUCCAUGUUGCUAGAGGCUUUUCAAAUGAAGUUGACCUUUUCAUCGCCCAGGCUGUUCUCCAAUAUUUGUGCCUCCAAAACAAAAAUGCUGCUGUAUUAGCUUUUACAAGUUACACAGCAAAUCAUCCAAACAUCAUGAAAAGGAACCCUCCGUUCAUUAUGCCUCUGUUGAAUUUCCUUUGGUUUUUGUUGCAAGCAAUUGAAAGCGGUAAACUAGCCAUUUUCAAAAUGCUGUGUGAUAAGUAUCGGCCAAGCUUAGGAAGAGAUCCAUCUUACCAGGAGUAUUUGGAUAAAAUUGCCCAAAUCUUCUUUGGGGUCCGUCCUCCCCCAAAUUCUAGACCUCGAGGAUUGUUUGACAACCUUUUGCAACAACUAUUGGGUGGCGCAGACGAUGAUUCUGAUGAAGAAGGAGCCUCUGCAAGUUCUAGUUCUGGUCAAAAAUCUCAGCCAAUGGAAACUGAAAUGGAUUAAGAGUUGCCUUUUGAUAUUUUGUUUAAUGUCGCAAUUUUUUUACUUUACAAUUUGAGCUAUUUGUAUAGAUGGGCUGGAGAUCACUAAAUACUUGCUGAUGCAUACCAUAAACUUUACAAAAGCACUGAUUAUUUGCCUAGUUAAAACUAUAAUCAAUUCGAUGAUGAAAGGCAGACUGAUGCUAUCCAUCUUAUUAUUAUAUUUAUUGGAAAACUUUAACUCAAAACGGUUUUGUUAAAUACUUGUAAUUUCAAUGCUUAUGUUAAUUCUUUGGUUUUUUUAAUAAAGAAUUUCUAAUAUAAAAUUGCUGUA